AUGACCAUCAAGGCUAUCGUUACAGACCUCGACGGUACACUGCUCAACCAGCAGCACUGCAUCAGCGACUAUACCGUUAAAGUCCUGAAGAGGCUCAAGGAAAAGGGUAUUUGUUUUAUCGUGGCCACCGGUCGCCCCUACACGGAGGUAUUCUACAGGAUUCGCAAAUGCCAGCUAGAGCCAGACUACAUCAUCACCAGCAAUGGCGCCCGCAUCCACGAUGGCGCUUUCAACCUCGUGCGUGAGCACAACAUCCGACCGGAGUUUGUGGAGUCACUCGUGCGUAUUCGCACCAUCAAGAACUCUGCGACAGGUGCUGAGCUUCCGAAAAAGUUCAUCACAAACAUCUAUCGCGAGGCUGAGUGGCUGACGGACAAGAGCCUGCCCGAACUGAGCGCCGCCUUCCACGAUGACUUCCACUGUACCGACCUCCGUGAGGGCCUGUACGAGCUGCAGGCCGCGGAGCUGCACGGGGUGCAUGAGGUGUGGUUCAUCGGCGAACCCGACGAGCUGGUGCAGCUGGAUAGUGCGCUCCGUGAGCAGCACUCAGGCCACCUUAGCUGCACUUUUUCCCUCCCCUACAUUUUAAACUGUGCCCCGGCUGGUGUUAACAAGGGCAACAGCAUGCGCGAGGUAGCAGAGGUGCUGGGGUUGACGCUGGAUGAGGUAGCCUGCUUUGGCGAUGGCAUGAACGAUGAGUCGAUGCUGCAGAUAACCGCGACGUCCUUUAUUACGGCAAAUGGGCAACAGGAAUUGAAGGAAGCCGUGCCGCACGCGCAGAUUAUCGGCACGAACGCCGACGAUGGUGUGGCCAAGAAGCUGGAGGAGAUGUUCCUCUCGUCCUAA